ACGCAGUCAGACGGUUCCAUAUCUCUUUGAAAAUUAGCAUAGCUUAGUCAAUAAAUACCUCUGUUUAGUAUGCUAUAACCAUUGAAUGUUUUUCUAGCAUCAUCAUGCCUGAACCAGCGAAGUCCGCGCCUAAGAAAGGUUCCAAGAAGGCCGUUGCGAAGACCGCCGGCAAAGGAGGAAAGAAGCGCAAGAGGUCCAGGAAGGAGAGCUAUGCUAUCUACGUCUAUAAAGUGAUGAAACAGGUUCAUCCUGAUACUGGUAUUUCUUCAAAGGCGAUGGGAAUCAUGAAUUCUUUCGUCAACGACAUCUUUGAGCGCAUUGCCGGUGAAGCUUCUCGUCUCGCUCACUACAACAAGCGCUCCACCAUCACAUCUAGAGAGAUCCAGACCGCCGUGCGUCUGCUGCUGCCCGGUGAGCUGGCCAAACACGCCGUGUCUGAGGGCACAAAGGCUGUGACCAAGUACACCAGCUCUAAGUAAAGCUUGACGCAAAGUUUUCAGCUACCACAAAGGCUCUUUUAAGAGCCACCCACAUUCUCACCUAAAGAGCUUUUAUAUGAUGUCCGACUGAAUUAUAAGCUUCUACGCUGUAUUACAAAAUUUCUUUUCUUUUUUUUUUUUUUUUUUUAACAAAGGUUGUAUGGAGUUAAUCGGAUGUUAAAAUUAGACUUAUAUCUGUGCUUUGUCGUUCUUUCACACUCUGAAGAAAAAUACGUUAUCUGCAAGGUAGUUAAAAUAAAAAAGGGUUGUGUUAACUCUCAUCAACCUCAAAUAAAUAAUUUGAUGUUUUAGUAUAACUUUUGAGUUGUUUCAUCUUCACAAAUCUCAUUCAGGAGUUACUUUUUUAUUCGUACAAGAAUAAACUCACUCGUACACCCAUGUGCAAGUGUGUUAUACUAGUUCUGCUUUGUAGAAGAAAUAUGUCCAUGUGGUUUAUGUAACAAAACGUUAAUAAGGCAGGUCUUCCUCUGACAAUGGGUCUCAUAAUGAGACAAUGCAAGCUUUUGAUAUGCGGAAAUUUUUUUUGAGUGUCCCAGAUAAUUGUUCAUUAUUAAAACGCUUUGAGAAUCUGUGCAAAUAGGAACAGUCUCUAAGACCACAAUUCUUAAAUAAAUUUGAUCUUAAGUAUCAAGGAUAAAUAUUCUUUAACACAACGUGU